CCAGAUCAGAUAAGAUAAGAUCAGUUCAGAUAAGUAAAAAUAAGUUGACCUAAAUAAGGCCUAAAUUCUCUUGUAAAAUAAUAAUUAAAGAAAAAAAAACGACACCGUUUUCCCUGGCAAUAUAACAAAACUUCACUUUCCUUCUUUUCCCAGACUCAAAACACAGACGCACCACAACUCGUUCUCUUUGUAGCAUUCAACGUCAUUAGAUCGGAAAAACCCGACAACAGAUCUCCAAUUAUUCAUCCUCACGUACUUUCAAUCUAUCGAUCGUCGAAAAACCCUAAUUUUUUUCCGACGCCGGCGAAUUCUCAUCGCCGGCGACACCAUGGCUCCUCCUCCUCCUGCUUAUCAAUCUCAGCGAUCUUCUUCUUCCCCUUCUCAACCUUCAGGGAAAAGUGAAGUUUCAGAUUUAAGGCUACAGCUACGGCAACUUGCGGGCAGUCGUGCACCUGGAGUUGAUGAUUCUAAGCGCGAGCUCUACAAGAAAGUGAUCUCUUACAUGACAAUUGGCAUUGAUGUUUCGUCAGUUUUUAGUGAAAUGGUCAUGUGCUCUGCCACCUCUGAUAUAGUUCUGAAGAAAAUGUGUUAUCUGUAUGUCGGAAAUUAUGCCAAGUCCAACCCUGAUCUUGCGCUGCUCACUAUUAACUUUCUUCAAAGGGAUUGCAAAGAUCAGGAUCCAAUGAUUCGUGGGCUCGCCUUGAGAAGUCUUUGUUCAUUGCGUGUUCCGAAUUUGGUCGAGUAUUUAAUUGGGCCUUUGGGCUCUGGGUUGAAAGAUGGUAGCAGUUAUGUGAGAAUGGUAGCUGUCAUGGGCAUCUUGAAAUUGUAUCACAUUUCUCCUUCAACCUGCAUUGAUUCUGAUUUUCCCACUAUGCUCAAGCAAUUGAUGCUCAAUGAUCCAGAAACCCAGGUUGUUGCUAAUUGUUUAUUAGCACUGCAAGAAAUAUGGAGUGCUGAAGCAAGUUCUUCUGAAGAAGCAUCUAGGGAGAGAGAUUCUUUGCUUAGCAAGCCACUUAUAUAUUACUUUUUGAAUAGGAUCAGAGAAUUCAGUGAAUGGGCUCAAUGUCUUUUGCUUGAGUUGGUUGCCAAAUAUGUGCCAUCUGAUAACAGUGAAGUAUUUGACAUCAUGAAUCUUCUCGAGGAUAGACUUCAACAUGCUAAUGGUGCAGUUGUUUUAGCCACUAUCAAGGUGUUUAUGCAGUUAACCAUGUCCAUGACUGAUGUUCAUCAACAGGUGUAUGAACGUAUUAAAGCACCACUUAUCACCCUGGCCAACACAGGAAGUUCUGAACAGUCUUAUGCAGUUCUAAGCCAUCUUCAUUUGUUGGUGAUGCGUGCACCAAUGCUAUUUUCUUCAGAUUACAAACAUUUCUAUUGCCACUAUAAUGAGCCAUCUUAUGUCAAAAAGUUGAAGCUUGAAAUGUUGACUGCAGUUGCAAAUGAGGAUAAUACUUACGAGAUUGUAACGGAGCUUUGUGAAUAUGUUGCCAAUGUUGACAUCCCGAUUGCUCGUGAAUCUAUCCGAGCUGUUGGAAAGAUAGCCCUGCAGCAGUAUGAUGUGAAUGCAAUUGUUGACAGGCUACUUCAGUUUCUAGAAAUGGAGAAGGACUAUGUGACAGCUGAGACUCUUGUUCUUAUCAAAGAUUUGCUGCGCAAAUAUCCCCAAUGGAGUCAUGAUUGCAUUGCAGUUGUUGGAAGCAUCAGUAGCAAGAAUGUUCAAGAACCAAAGGCUAAGGCAGCUCUAAUUUGGAUGCUUGGGGAGUAUGCACAGGACGUGGCAGAUGCUCCCUACAUUUUGGAAAAUAUGAUUGAGAACUGGGAAGAAGAAGAUUCUGCUGAGGUUCGUUUGCACCUGUUAACAGCAUCAAUGAAGUGUUUCUUUAGAAGGCCACCUGAAACUCAAAAGUCAUUGGGAGCAGCAUUGGCAGCUGGAAUUGCUGAUUUUCACCAGGAUGUCCAUGACAGAGCCUUAUUGUACUAUAGGCUUCUUCAACACAGUACAUCUAUAGCUGAGAAGGUGGUGAAUCCUCCAAAGCAAGCUGUGUCAGUCUUUGCUGAUACUCAAAGCAGUGAAAUCAAAGAUCGUAUAUUUGAUGAAUUCAACAGUCUAUCCGUUGUAUAUCAGAAGCCAUCUUUCAUGUUCACUGACAAGGAACACCGAGGGCCAUUUGAAUUUUCUGAUGAACUUGGGAAUUUAUCCAUAGGAGCAGAAUCUGCCAACAGUGUGGUUCCUGCUCAGAUAGUUGAUGCUAAUGACAAGGAUCUGCUUCUUAGUACAACAGAGAAGGAAGAUAGUAGAGCUAUUAGUACUAACGGUGCUGGUUAUAGUGCCCCUCUUAUUGAUGCAUCUUCAGGACCUCUGGUUGCUUUGGAUACACAGCCAGCAGUACAAGAUGCACAGGCUAGCAUGGCUAUUGAUGAUUUACUUGGCUUAGGCUUCGCUGCACCUGCACCUUCCUCUGCUCUUGUUCCACCUCCUCUGAAACUUAAUGCAAAAGCUGUUAUAGAUCCAGGCACUUUCCAGCAAAAAUGGCGUCAGUUACCCUUGUCCUUAUCACAGGAAAUACAAGUGACUCCCCAAGGUGUUGCAGCAUUAACCACACCUCAGUCCCUUCUACAGCACAUGCUAGCAAACUCCAUACACUGCAUUGCAUCUGGCGGUCAAUCACCUAAUUUUAAAUACUUCUUCUUUGCUCAGAAAGCAGAGGAUACAUCCACAUUUUUGGUAGAGUGUGUUAUUAAUACAUCAGCAUGUAAAGCUCAAAUAAAGAUCAAAGCCGAUGACCAAAGUUCAUCUAAUGCCUUCUCAGAAAUAUUUCAGUCAGCCUUGUCCAAAUUCGGCAUGUCCUGAAUAUCGCCCAUCAUUUAUUUUUUUUAUGUUGCUUAUGGGCCACUAUGAGAAAUCAUGUUCAAUUUUCUCUGUAUUCUUCUUCAUACCCUCGUUGCUCUUUUCUUCUUUCCUAGUGACUCUUUGUAGAUGUAGAUUGUUGUACAAUGUGUAACAUAUAUAAAAAAAAAAAACCUUUCAUCAAUUUUAGCCUUCAGUCCAGCUUCAAUACACGGUACUCAUAAGUAGAUUGAGAUUUACAGGAAUAAUUUUUUGCUCAUUGUGUUGGAUAUUUUGUACAAUUGAGUAAUUUUUGUCAAUAUUUUGAAAGAUUGGAAGUAGUUAAGCUGUUGGCUGAACUAAUGA